AUGGUCAAGACUACCUAUGCUCUCACGCUGUUUACAGCCAUGAGCCUGGCUGCGCCCCUGAAGCAGUCCGGUGGCAGCAGCGGCAAUGAAAAUUUGAUCGGUGCUGGUACGGCGGGAGGAAAGGUCAACGACAUUGUGUCGGGUCUUUUCAGGGAAUUGGCUCCUCGUGACACUAGUGAAUCUGGCGAUAAGGUUACCAAGCACGGUAGCCUUUUUGAAGAAUUGCCUAUUAUUGGCUCGCUUUUCGGCAAUAGCAAGAAGCAGACGCGGUCCUUCACCGGCGAUCUUGCGAAACUACCAUUGCUGGGUGACCUAUUUGGUGGAGACCAAGCUCAUCCUGCAAACACCCCGAGUAAUGGAAAGGAGGCUCGUUCUCACAUGCCCUUCUUUGGCGAGGGUCAGAACUACGGUCAAAAUCAUGGUCAGAACUACGGCCAAAAUGCUGGACAGAACGCGCACCAGAACGAGGGCCAGAACCAUGGUCAAAACUACGGACAGAACUAUGGACAAAAUGCCGGACAGAACGCUGGGCAAAACGCUGGUCAGAAUGAGGGUCAAAACGAGGGCCAGAACUACCUGCAGAACUACGGCCAGAAUGAUGGCCAGAACUAUGCCCAGAACCACAAGCGAGACCUCGAUCUGGCCAGCUUGCCAUUAGUCGGCAAAUACCUCGGUGGCGAUGGGCAGCAACAUGGCCCCCCUAACAGCCACACAUACACCCAAACGAAGGACCACCAUGAAAACCACAUCAAGACCCGCAUGGAGGGAUCUCAUGGAAUUGAAGGCUUUGCCAACCCCUACAGCGAAGCCAGCCUGGCUGAAACGAUCCCAGAGGGAGUCAAUGACGCCUCCGCCGAUACCUUCCAAGUCGGCCUGGAAACCGCCGAGGGUGCCAUUCCACUUCCCGUCGAUCGCCGUGAUCUGAUGCAAGAACUGACUGCGCCGCUCGGUGGCCAACGCGCCGAGAAGUCUGACGACGACAAAACCGCCAAGGAGAAACUUGCCGAGAAGGCUGGGAGCUCCACCGACGAGACUAAGCCUUCCGAGAAGGACGACAAGUCCAAGAAACCUGCCAAAGCCGACCCCCUCAAGGACCUAGCCAAGGAAGCCGGUCUCGAUCAGCUCUUCAGUAAAAACACCCAGCACGGUGUUGGUCUGUUCCCAAUGAGUGGACGUCGUGACAUUACCAUUGAGACUCGUGGUGCCCCUCCUCUUCAGGGCUCCACCCUCACCGAUGUCCUGCUGCAAAAUGGUGCCCUAGGCAAGAUUACCCACGCGCUUAACCCUUAUGCACCUGUCAAGAAGCCUGGCGAGAGUGAUUCCAAGCAGAUGGGUGAUGGUAGCUCCAUGGCUCCUCCCGGUCAACCGGGCUCUCCUGCUGGAUCUGGUUCCGCCGGGCCUCAUGAUGGGCCUGGCUAUGCCGCUGAGCACGGCAAGCUGCAGCACUAG